UACGUUUUAGUUGUAGGAUCUUUUAAAACGCUAAGCUAGAUAUACGACGUUUGAGUUUUUUUUUACUUCUUCUGUUUUGCUUGCUGCGGGCUGGCUUGUUUUGUUUGUUUGGAAUUUACAUUUCGCAAUAAGUUUGAUUAUUUUAAUCAGAUCAAAUUAGAUAUGGCCAAGAUUCACGAAGCUCUGAAACCAAUCCAGUGGCUUAUUGGAACAUGGGAAUCGGUGAGUGCGAAAGGUCACUUUCCAACCAUCAAGGACUUCGUCUAUUCUGAAACACUGAAAUUUGAAUCCCUCGGCCAACCGCUUCUCAACUAUGAAGCCCGGUCACACAACACUGCGACGGGAGCUCCAAUGCAUCUGGAGAGUGGUUUCUUACGAAUCAAACCAGGAACCAACCAACUGGCUUUCAUGAUAUCUCAUAAUUUUGGCCUUGUCGUGCUGGAGGAAGGCACGGCCAAGGAAAACGAACUCGAAUUGGAAUCGAGAUCCGUCGGUCGCAUGUCGUUCGCAAAGGAUCCCUCAGUGAAGGCUCUUAGGAAAUUCUACAAACUCAAUGAAGACGGUACGCUGGAAAUAAGGACUGACAUGGAAACAACAAACACGGCUAUGACCAAUCACUUAGUUGCCGUUUAUAAAAGAAAAUAACUUAACGUUUAAUCACUUUAAUUAUUUUUUUAUAUCAUGGAAUGUGGUGAGGAAUGUUGUUAUUGGAAUCCGUAUCCAGAUAUGUCGUUGACGCAAUUGACUGAGGCGCUGAAGACGGCAGUUCGUAUGAUGGCAUAUCGUAGCAGUAAUCCAGAGGAUGAGUUGGGGGUGUUGUUGAAAGCAGUUCACUUCGCAGAUGCUGAAUGUAUUGGAUAGCAAGUCUGAAAAUAAAAAGUAAUCCUAUAUUUUACGUACCCAA